CCCGUCCUAAAACUUUAGUGGGAUUAAUGAUAACGUCACCACGUCACUUCACAACAACUCGACUCGUGAGGAUUGGGCGCGAGCAUCUGUGUUUGGAAGACAUUCUGAUCACAUUCAUGCCGGAUAAUGGUUUGGGUCCUUCGAAAAGAAAGGAGCUGAAGGCGCACAAUGUCACUAAGCGUGGAUACGGCAGUGACCGGCAUGCUCCCGCUCCCGAGCCACUUUGCCCACGCGGAGCAGUCCUUCUCCCUAAAAAAGCGCCGACUCCCGUUUUCCUCCUCGUCCAACUCCUCCGUAUCGUCCCCCGAUCACCUGUCCGCCUCCCUGCCGCCGCUGGCGCCGUACAAGGAGUCCUUCUCCGCGAGCCGCUUCUCCUUCCUCCAGAAGACGGCCCCCUGGACGCCCCUGUCGCAUUCCCUCAGCCGGUCGCCCCCUCUGGAGCCCGUGUACGACCCCAAAAAGCAGAGGCCCUAUUUCAACCAGUGCUUCACCACGCUGGGCCUGCUGGGAAGGGGCUCUUUCGGGGAAGUCUACAAGGUUAAAAGCAACAAGGACGGUCGCCUGUACGCCGUCAAGCGCUCGCUCCACCGCUACAGGGGCAACAGCGACAGGAGCCGCAAGCUCCGAGAGGCCAGGAACCACGAGCGAGUCUGCCCACACGCUCACAUCCUGGACUUGGUCGCGGCCUGGGAGGAGUGCGGUCGGCUGUACAUCCAGACGGAACUGUGUCACGCCAGUUUGCUGCUCCACGCGGAGAGUCAGUCCCCGGGUAACGACGAGCGUGCAGCGUGGUCGUACUUGUGCGACCUGCUGUCGGCGCUGGACCACCUGCACUCCCGCAGUUUCGUCCACCUGGACCUGAAGCCCGCCAACGUUCUGGUCACCGACUCCGGGCGACUCAAACUGGGCGACUUCGGGCUCCUGCUGGACCUCCAAGAAAGCGGCCCGGAGAAAGCAAGGGAAGACGACCACGGAGGAGAUCCGCGGUACAUGGCCCCUGAGAUCCUCCGGGGGGAGUACGGCCCUGCUGCGGAUGUUUACAGUCUGGGUGUUUCCAUUUUGGAGCUUGCGUGCAAUAUCGAGGUCCCUAACGGCGGAGAGGGCUGGCAGCAACUCAGACAAGGGCGCCUCCCUGAGGUCGCGAGUGGGCUUUCAACAGAACUCCAGAAAGUUCUGCAGAUGAUGCUGACGCCAGAACCCUCUGACAGGCCGACGGUCCCCGAGCUUCUCGCUCUGCCCUCAGUGAGGAAACGCAUGUGGAAGAGACGGGCGUACCUUUUCCUCGCAGAAACCGUGCUGACUUUGGCCUUCUUCUGCCAGAUGGUGUUGGGCUUCGGCCGUCGACUUUUCUCCUCUCUUUACCCGUCGAUCUUCUCCGUUUGGAACAAGCCGACGCCCUGCACUCCUCCCAAAGAGAGCUGGGACAAGGAGGUGACGCUGAACCUCGGCGCCUUGAACGCCGACAGCUCAGACGACGAGGGGGUGUUCGCGCAUGACCCCGUAAGACCGGAGGAUUCCCCGAAACUCUCGGCCAAGAUGAAAUCAGCACUGGAUUUGAAAAACACGUCCACGCCUCUCCAGCAUUCCCCGGCACACGUAGACCGAAGUCCUCACUCCGUUCCAUUGGACUGGUCCCCGUAUAACGGAGCCGCCGGCAGCCCCCCCGGUGACCGCCACACUUCAGACACACGCACACCCCGUCACACGGACUUACUGGACUCCAAGCGGGCCAAGCGGUCUUCACAGCGACGCUACCGGAACCGGAUCCGCACAGAUGACGCGUUCGGGCCCAAAAACCUGCUGUGUCUGUUUGAGGAAAGCGUCGCAGGGGGGCAGCCGUGACUCGGAGACCGGCAGCAUUCGCGGACCGCGCCGGACCUCAUGAUGACCUGGAACAAAUUCAUCACUUCUUGCAUGAAUGCACUAUUUUGUGCCAUUUCUGUCCUUAACAUGUUUUCACAUUUAAGGAAAAUGGAUCACACUUAAAGGCAUGGUUUGUGUUCUUGUGAUUUAUUAUUUUUAAUUUUUUUGGGGGUGAAUGUGUGUGACUUGAAUUUCACCCCUCAAAAGAUUAAAAUGUUGAUAUUGUUGAAUGCGAAUUUGCUAUAUGUAUUAAGAUUAUUGGAGGAUUUCCAUCAAUAUUACAAGUGUGUCAUCUUUUGUUAUGAAAAAAAAAAGGAAAAAAUGAAUUUACGUUUUGCAUGUUUUACUUCAUCCUACAUUAGUCCCAUACAGUUUGAAACUUCCUGAAUAACAAAUUCAUACAGUACUUGGUUAAUAAUGUAUUUGUAAUUUUGUCGGGGACAUAUGUAAUAAUUUAUAGUGGAGAUAGAUUAAUUCAUGAAAGAUAUAUAUAUAUAUAUAUGGAGAGAGGGAGAG